AUGGCUUCCUUCGAACCAGAAUUCGACCAAGCCUACAAUGACCUUGCGUCAUCGCUCGAAGGCUCCACGGUGCUGAAACAUCAUCCGAAGUAUAGAGAUGCUCUCAGAGUAUUCGCCAUUCCAGAGCGCGUCAUUCAAUACCGCGUGAUCUGGGAGGAUGACAAGAACUGCGUGCAAGUCAACAACGGCUAUCGUGUACAAUUCAACUCGGCACUGGGCCCUCACAAAGGCGGGCUCCGGUUUCAUCCGUCCGUCAACCUCUCAGUGCUGAAGUUUCUCUCGCUUGAGCAAACCCUAAAGAAUGCUUUGACAGGCUUGAAUCUUGGUGGCGCAAAGGGAGGGUCAGACUUUGAUCCCAAAGGCAAGUCUGAUCACGAGAUUCGUCGUUUUUGCGUGUCUUUCAUGCGCGAACUGAGCAAGUACAUCGGAGCUGAUACGGACGUGCCUGCUGGUGAUGUUGGCUGUACCCGGCGCGAAGUGGGAUGGAUGUUUGGCGCAUUCAAGGCGGCAACUACGAGAUGGGAAGGUUGCAUCACGAACAAAGGUGAUGCGUUUGGUGGAAGUCUGAUGAAGCUCGAGGCAACUGGGUUUGGGCUGGUUCAUUACGUGUCCCUAAUGAUCGAAUACGCUUCCGGUGCCACUGAGACUAUACGAGAAAAGAAGGUUGCGAUCUCGGGCUCCGGCAAUGUCGCACAGUACGCCGCCAUCAAAGCGAUCGACCUCGGUGCAGUCGUCCUUACACUCUCCGACAGUAAAGGCUUACUUAAAGCUAUCUCUGUGGAAGGCUUCACAAAAGACGACAUCGCCCUCAUUGCCUCUAUCAAGAAGAAACGCCUUCCACUUUCCGACAUUAUGGCAAUGGAGCAGGGUCAGAGGUUCGAGUAUCUCGAAGGCGAAAGACCCUGGAAGCAUGUGAAGGAAGUCGAUAUCGCGUUACCCUCCGCCACGCAGAACGAAAUGUCCAAAGACGAAGCAGAAGCACUGAUUUCUGCUGGCUGCCGCUUCAUCGCCGAAGGCAGCAACAUGGGCUGCGCACAAGACGCUAUCCAACUCUUCGAAUCGCGCAGGGCAGAUAGUCCGAAUGGACGUGUGUAA